UCCCGCGCUGGUGUCAGUUCCCCGUGCUGGUACUCCUGCUGAAGUUGUCAUGGGGGAAUCCGAGAAGUUCCAUUACAUCUACAGUUGUGACCUGGACAUUAACGUGCAGCUCAAGAUAGGAAGCUUGGAAGGGAAGCGAGAACAAAAAAGCUACAAAGCUGUCCUCGAAGACCCGAUGCUGAAGUUUUCAGGACUAUACCAAGAGACGUGUUCCGACCUCUAUGUUACUUGUCAGGUUUUCACAGAAGGAAAGCCUCUGGCCUUGCCAGUGAGAACAUCCUACAAGGCCUUUAGUACACGAUGGAACUGGAAUGAAUGGUUAAAAUUACCGGUGAAGUACCCCGACCUGCCCAGGAGCGCCCAGGUGGCUUUGACCAUAUGGGAUGUCUAUGGACCAGGAAAAGCCGUGCCUGUGGGAGGGACCACCGUGUCACUCUUUGGAAAAUAUGGCAUGUUCCGCCAGGGGAUGCAUGACUUGAAAGUCUGGCCUAAUGUAGAAGCAGAUGGAUCAGAACCCACAAAAACUCCUGGCAGGACAAGCAGCACUCUCUCAGAAGACCAGAUGAGCCGUCUUGCCAAGCUCACUAAGGCUCAUCGACAAGGACACAUGGUGAAAGUCGAUUGGCUGGACAGGUUGACGUUCAGAGAAAUAGAAAUGAUAAACGAAAGUGAAAAACGGAGUUCUAAUUUCAUGUACUUGAUGGUUGAGUUUCAGUGUGUCAAGAGUGAAGAUAAGGAAUACGGCAUUGUAUAUUAUGAAAAGGACGGUGAUGAGUCAUCUCCAAUUUUAACAAGCUUUGAGAUAGUGAAAGUUCCUGAUCCUCAGAUGUCUAUGGAAAAUUUGGUUGAGAGCAAGCAUCACAAGCUUGCCCGGAGUUUAAGAAGCGGACCAUCUGACCACGAUCUCAAACCUAAUGCUGCCACGAGAGAUCAGCUAAAUAUUAUUGUGAGUUAUCCCCCUACCAAACAACUUACAUAUGAAGAACAAGAUCUUGUUUGGAAGUUCAGAUAUUAUCUUACUAAUCAAGAAAAAGCUCUGACGAAAUUCUUGAAAUGCGUUAACUGGGAUCUACCCCAGGAGGCCAAGCAGGCGCUGGAACUUCUAGGGAAGUGGAAGCCAAUGGACGUAGAGGACUCUUUGGAGCUGUUAUCUUCUCAUUACACCAAUACCACAGUGAGGCGGUAUGCUGUUGCCCGGUUGCGACAGGCAGAUGAUGAGGACUUGUUGAUGUACUUACUGCAGCUGGUCCAGGCCCUAAAAUACGAAAAUUUUGGUGACAUAAAGAAUGGAUUAGAACCUACCAAGAAAGAUAGUCAGGGUUCCACAUCAGAGAGGGUGUCAAGUUCUGGAAUAAAUUCUGCAGAAGUAGAAAGCUCCCAAAUUAUAACCAGCCCUCUUCCUCCAGUGUCUUCUCCUCCUCCUGCAUCUAAAACAAAAGAAGGUUCAGAUGGUGAAAAUCUGGAGCAAGAUCUCUGUACCUUCCUGAUAUCGAGAGCCUGCAAAAAUUCAACACUGGCCAAUUAUUUAUACUGGUAUGUGAUAGUGGAAUGUGAAGAUCAAGACACUCAACAGAGAGAUCCAAAGACCCAUGAGAUGUACUUGAACGUAAUGAGAAGAUUCAGUCAAGCAUUGCUGAAGGGUGAUAAGUCUGUCAGAGUUAUGCGUUCUCUGCUGGCCGCACAGCAGACGUUUGUAGAUCGGCUGGUGCAUCUCAUGAAGGCAGUGCAGCGUGAAAGUGGAAAUCGGAAGAAAAAGAAUGAGAGACUACAGGCCCUGCUGGGAGACAAUGAAAAGAUGAAUUUGUCCGAUGUAGAACUUAUCCCAUUGCCUUUAGAACCACAGGUGAAAAUUAGAGGAAUUAUUCCAGAAACAGCUACUUUAUUUAAGAGUGCCCUUAUGCCUGCACAGUUAUUCUUUAAGACAGAAGAUGGAGGCAAGUAUCCUGUUAUAUUUAAGCAUGGAGAUGAUUUACGCCAGGAUCAACUUAUUCUUCAAAUCAUUUCACUCAUGGACAAGCUCUUAAGGAAAGAAAACCUGGAUUUGAAGUUGACUCCCUAUAAAGUCUUAGCUACUAGCACAAAGCAUGGCUUCAUGCAGUUCAUCCAGUCAGUUCCUGUUGCUGAAGUUCUUGAUACAGAAGGAAGCAUUCAGAACUUUUUUCGGAAAUACGCCCCUAGUGAGACUGGACCCUAUGGGAUAAGUGCUGAGGUCAUGGACACCUACGUCAAAAGCUGUGCUGGCUAUUGUGUGAUUACAUACAUACUUGGAGUUGGAGACAGGCACUUGGAUAAUCUCUUGCUGACAAAAACAGGCAAGCUCUUCCACAUAGACUUUGGAUAUAUUUUGGGUCGGGAUCCGAAGCCUCUUCCGCCUCCAAUGAAGCUGAAUAAAGAAAUGGUGGAGGGCAUGGGGGGCACGCAGAGUGAGCAGUACCAGGAGUUCCGUAAACAGUGCUACACGGCCUUUCUCCAUCUUCGAAGAAAAACUGUGGUGCAGGAUAAGUUCCGUCUAGACCUGUCUGACGAAGAGGCGGUGCACUACAUGCAGAGCCUCAUUGAUGAAAGUGUCCACGCCCUGUUCGCCGCAGUGGUCGAACAGAUUCACAAGUUUGCCCAGUACUGGAGAAAGUGAAGCCGGGCUGCAGACAGCAGCCUAUGUUACAUAGGGAAGACUUCGGAAUAACAAGUAAAAUGAAGAAAACUUACCCUGAAGAUGCUGUAUUUCCAACGUGCUAUAUGUUGCUUGAAAUGUUUGCUGGACUGCUAUUUUUAAGAAAUGUUGAAGACAUGGUUUUGAAGAAUUUCUCUUGAAAUAUAUAUUUGUUUUUAAAUGUACAUUGUUAAUAAUCUAUGAAGUGAAACAAUUAUUCCAGGAUCAUGUACAUAUUAUGAGAGUUCUGGAAGAGUUUAUUUGAAACAGUAAAGCAGUUUAAUCAUUUGA